AUGAUAACUACUUCCCAAGAUGUCGGUGCCAUCAUGAACCCAGACGAAGUUUCAGAGAUUUUAGGUUUAGAAAAAUUUGAUUACCAAUCCUACUUGUUGGCUUUACUUCGAUUAGUUGAUACUAUAGUUGAAUACACUACAACUACAGUGAUCAACGAAUCCGUUGGAUCUACAGGUUCAAAAUCUCCAAACUAUACCAUCAGUAUAAUAAAUCUGCAAAUUGUAUCCAAACUUCAAAACGGAUUCCAGUUAUUGGAUUUGAAAAAUGACGCUCUAAGAAAAAGGUAUGAUAGUUUGAAAUAUAAUUCUCAAAGACUAAAUAAGAUUGUAUACGAUUUGUCGCUCAGAAAUUUAAUAGUAACAAAAGGUGAAGUAGUUUAA